AUGGUGAUCAGCCAGUGGGGUCUUUUGUAUGGGCUACAGUCAACUUCACAGUGCAGCGUAGAGCAUGGAAACACUGCACCAUGCCCCUGGCACAAGACCCACCACUGGGCUAUAGCCUUCUCCAGAUACGCGCACAUGCGUGAAGAACAUGGCACCCAAAGCGAGUACCAGCAAGCGUUGGACUUCAAGAAAGCGGAUGCCGCAGCCAUGGGCCAGCUGCUCCUCAUCAAGCAAGAUCAAGCAGACUUGGACUGGGAGAGACAGCUGGCGGGAGCGCUGAAAGAGGCUGAGGCCCGAUGUGUGGCAAACCAUGGACGAGCUCCGUGGGGCUGCCGUUGGUUCGAAGAGUGGAGGAAGAACGCACACGACGCGGCGGAGCUGGGUCAAACGCUGCACGUGUUCUACUUUGAGGGCAAGACAGGCCAAGGCAAGAUUGCCUGGCAGGAGCUUUCUGACCCAAAGGUGAGAGAGAAAGUUCGAUCGUAUAGCGGUCUGGGUGCAUCGCAGACAGCAGAGGUGGCUUACUUGGACAAAGAGGGCCUGAGGUAUGUGGAGCACGACAUUAGGGAGUUUGAGAUCUUGAUGGGUGCCAGUGGGAUCACGGCGGAUUGGACCGCGAAUCCGCCACCUUGCGAACCACAGGUUCAGCAUUAA